AUGGAGAAGGAAUCAUGAGGUCAGGCGCAGCCUGAAUUCACAGCCCCCCACGCGUGGGACCAUCGGCUCCCAUUCUGCAGACAAGGAGCUGAGGAUGGAGACCAGGGAGGACAAAUCCCUGCAGCAGAACCUGGUGGAAGAGGCCGUUUUGUGCAGUUCCACAGCACAGGAAUCCAACGGGGCGGAAAAGGCCCGGAGAUCCCACACAAGGAGGGGCUGCAAACGCAGAUCACGGGGAUCUGAGGAGGACAGACCCAGCCUGUGCCGGGAAGGUGGACGGAGAUCCAGCCAGGGCUCUGAGCUGGUGGUCCAUGAGCAGCCUCACAAUGGGGAGAAGCCCCACAAGUGCUUGGAGUGUGGGAAGAGCUUCAGGUGGAGCUGCCAACUGAUCAGGCACCAGAUGAUCCACACUGGGGAACGGCCCCACGUGUGUGGGGAGUGUGGGAAGAGGUUUCAGAUGAUCAACACCCUGAUGCGUCACCAACUGAUCCACACUGGGGAGAGGCCCUAUGAGUGUGGGGAGUGUGGAAAGAGGUUUCAGCUCACUUCCAGUCUCCUCCUGCACCAGCGCACGCACACUGAGGAGAAGCCCUUCCGCUGCCCUGACUGCAAGAAGGGAUUCAGGCAAAAUUCCCAUCUUGUCAGGCACCAGCGCAUCCACACUGGGGAGAGGCCCCACAAGUGUGAGCAAUGUGGGAAGAGCUUCAGCCGGAGCUCCCACCUGAACCGCCACCAGAGGAUCCACACUGGGGAGAGGCCCCACAAGUGUAGGGAAUGUGGGAUGAGCUUCAGACAGAGUGCCAACCUGAUCCAGCACCAGAGGACCCACACCGGGGAGAGGCCCUACGAGUGUAGGGAAUGUGGGAAGAGGUUCAGACAGAGCACCAGUCUGAUCAGCCACCAACUGAUCCACACUGGGGAGAGGCCCCACGAGUGUAGGGAAUGUGGGAAGAGCUUCAGACAGAGCACCAGCCUGAUCCAGCACCAGAGGACCCACACCGGGGAACAGCCAUACAAGUGUGGGGAAUGUGGGAAGAGGUUCAGACAGAGCACCAGUCUGAUCAGCCACCAACUGAUCCACACUGGGGAGAGGCCCUACGAGUGUUCCAAGUGUGGGAAGAGGUUUCAGACCAGCUCCACUCUCCUCGUGCACUAUCGGACUCACACAGAGGAGAGGCCCUUCCAGUGCUCCGACUGUGGGAAGGGCUUCAAGUACAACUCCGCCCUUGUCACUCACCGGCGCAUCCACACCAGGGAGAGGCCCCAGAGUGUCCCCAGUGUGGGAAGAGCUUCUCACAGAGCUCAGCCUUGACCCAACACCAACAGAGGCACUGGUAAGGGAAGCCCUGCAAGUGCCCCGAGUGCGGGAAGAGCUUUGUGACCCACAUUCCCUGGGAUCCACCUUGGGAAUCCACCUGGCUGCUUCUCCUUCUGUUUUGGCCUCAUUUUUCUUCUGAUUCAUCUUCAUCCCUUAAAAACAGCCCAAACAGGGUUAAAAAGAAAGAAGUUGAUCAACUGUGUCUAUUGUCCCACCAUUUCACAGGUGUUUGAGGGGGAAUAUAGGGUUUGGGGACACA